GUAGGCAUCGUGUACACGCACGACUCAGAAUAGAAAGAAAAAAGUGCGACGUUUUUUGAAGAAGCAAUUUGUGCAUCUGCAAUCAGAUUUUGAUUUUUGCCGGGAAAAUGGCCGGAGAGUGUUGUCCAACGAUGGAUCUGCUGCGGUCGGAGCCAAUGCAAUUGGCGCAACUCAUCAUCCCUAUCGAAUCGUCUCGCCACGCCAUCUCCUACCUCGGCGAUCUUGGCCUUUUCCAAUUCAAAGAUCUCAAUGCGGAGAAGAGCCCAUUCCAGCGAACAUAUGCCACUCAGAUCAAACGGUGUGGGGAAAUGGCUCGCAGGCUACGUUUCUUCAAGGAGCAAAUGAAGAAGGCUGGCUUGUCGCCCUCAACAAGGUCUACAACAGGCAAUGAUAUUGAUCUCGAUAACAUGGAGGUCAAACUCGGUGAACUUGAAGCGGAGCUACUAGAAAUUAAUGCAAACAAUGAACAUUUACAACGCACUUACAGUGAAUUAUUAGAAUAUAAACUUGUUCUGCAGAAGGCUGGCGAGUUUUUCAAUUCAGCUCAAAGCAGUGCUGCAGCUCAGCAGAGACAAUUUGAAAGGCAGCACAGUAUUGAAAAAUCCAUUGACAGUCCAUUAUUACUCGAACAAGAAAUGACAACAGAUCCAUCAAAGCAUGUUAGGCUCGGGUUUGUUAGUGGUCUUGUUCCUAGAGAAAAAUCGAUGACCUUUGAAAGGAUUCUGUUUCGUGCAACCCGGGGUAAUGUGUUUCUGCAGCAAGCUGUGGUCAAUGACCGUGUUGUUGAUCCUGUGUCAGGAGAUAAGGUUGAGAAGAAUGUAUUUAUCAUCUUCUAUUCUGGAGAAAGAGCAAAGAAUAAAAUUCUAAAAAUAUGUGAAGCUUUUGGGGCAAACCGUUACCCAUUUACAGAUGACUUGGGAAAACAGUUUCAGAUGAUUACAGAGGUGUCUGGAAAACUUUCAGAGCUGAAGAUUACCAUAGAUGCUGGACUCUUGCACAGGAGCAGUUUAUUACAGACAAUUGGCCAUCAACAUGAGCUGUGGAACCUUCUGGUGAAGAAGGAAAAAUCCAUUUAUCACACGUUAAACAUGUUAAGCAUUGAUGUGACAAAAAUGUGUCUUGUUGCAGAAGGUUGGUGUCCUGUAUAUGCAUCAAACCAGAUUCAAAAUGCGUUGCAGAGGGCAUCCUUUGAUAGUAGCUCUCAAGUUGGCGCCAUUUUCCAGGUUUUGCAGACAAAGGAAUCGCCACCAACAUAUUUCCGCACAAAUAAAUUCACUUCUGCUUUUCAAGAAAUUGUGGAUGCAUAUGGGGUUGCCAAGUAUCAGGAGGCUAAUCCUGGUGUAUACACCAUUGUCACAUUCCCUUUCCUUUUUGCUGUAAUGUUUGGAGAUUGGGGCCAUGGUAUUUGCUUGUUGCUGGCAACACUAUAUUUCAUAAUCAGGGAGAGGAAGUUUUCUAGUCAGAAACUUGGGGACAUUGUAGAAAUGACAUUUGGUGGCCGUUAUGUUAUUAUGAUGAUGGCGCUGUUCUCAAUUUACACAGGAUUGAUAUAUAAUGAAUUCUUUUCAGUCCCAUUUGAAUUAUUUGGGCCAUCUGCCUAUGGGUGCCGUGACCAAUCCUGCAGCGAUGCUACUACAGUGGGUUUGAGUAAGGUCCGUGGCACUUACCCAUUUGGUGUGGAUCCUAAAUGGCAUGGUUCCCGGUCCGAGUUACCAUUUCUUAACUCGUUGAAGAUGAAGAUGUCAAUCCUACUUGGAGUAGCCCAGAUGAAUCUUGGAAUCAUAUUGAGUUACUUUAAUGCAAAAUUCUUUGGGGAUAACCUGAAUAUCUGGUACCAAUUUGUUCCUCAGAUUAUAUUUUUAAACAGCCUGUUUGGCUACCUUUCACUCCUAAUUAUAGUGAAAUGGUGCACUGGUUCACAAGCUGAUUUGUAUCAUGUAAUGAUAUACAUGUUCUUGAGUCCUACUGACGAUCUCGGUGAAAACCAGCUUUUUUUGGGGCAAAAAUUCCUUCAGAUUUUGUUACUACUAUCGGCUCUUGUUGCUGUGCCAUGGAUGCUGUUUCCAAAGCCUUAUCUGUUGAAGAAGCAGCAUGAGGAGGUUCGCUUGAAAAGACACCAAGGUCAAUCCUACGCGCUGCUUCACGGUGGUGAUGACCCUCUUGAAGAGGAUCACCAUCAAAGUUUGCAUGGUCAUGAGGAAUUUGAAUUCACCGAGGUCUUUGUACACCAACUCAUACAUACCAUAGAGUUUGUGCUCGGAGCAGUGUCUAAUACAGCUUCAUAUCUACGUCUAUGGGCACUCAGUUUGGCUCAUUCAGAGCUGUCCAGUGUAUUUUACGACAAGAUUCUACUUCUAGCCAGGGGGUUCAAUAAUGUCAUUAUCCUAAUCAUUGGCAUAAUAGUUUUUAUAUGUGCAACUGUUGGAGUGCUUCUAGUGAUGGAGACUUUGAGUGCAUUUUUACAUGCCUUGAGGCUUCACUGGGUGGAGUUCCAGAACAAGUUUUAUGAGGGCGCUGGUUACAAAUUCUACCCCUUUUCAUUUGCGUUACUCAGUGAAGAGGAUGAAUGAUGCACUGCGGUUUUCGUAUGUACAUUUUUGUUGUUGUAUAUAUAUGGUAAUUUUCGAACAGCUAAUGAGUGUGACAAGAACAAAACGAUAGAAUUGUAUUGAUAUUAAUCAACAUACAAAUAUACUAAUACAGAAGUGUGAGAAUUCAUUCGUUCAUGAUC